AUGCUUUCGAAAUCCCUUACAACGCUCUUUACAAACCAUUCAUUCCGCGUUUUGUUUGUCCACACAAAAGAUCAAGGAGGAGAUGAAUGUUUCGGCAGUCUUAUUUGUAAGAGAAGCCGUGCCUUUGUAUUAUAUUUAUGCAACUCGAAUGCAUAAUCUAGUAAUAGCCUUUUCUGGUGUGACUCACGGGUUCUCUUGUUGAUUUUGUAUCUUUAAGAAUGUGUUUAACUCUCUUUUUGCAGCUGUAUCGGCCUUUGCAGAUAUGAAACUUUUGUUGUUUCUUCUCCUUCUCACACAUAUCGGCGUCGUCCAAUCACAUAAAAGUAUGUUGGUUGCCAAUCCUUUUUAAAAAGUCAGAAAAGUGAAUUUUAUAACACGAUUUGUUUGCAGACAGAACGGAGUGCUUUCAGUGUGAAGGGAAUGGAAGGUGUUCAAGUUUAUGCCAGGCUCCCUAUUGCAUCAAAACAAUUCAUUUGCAAAGUAAGUAAUCAUUUUAUAAUAUUAUAAUGGCAGGUAAUCACGUGAAACGAGAAUGCCUGAACCAUUUGACUCCUGAGAUGCCUCAACCGGGAAACUGCAAGAAGUUUGAUUCUGAAGUUGGGAAUCAGGAGGAGUUGAUCUGUGUGUGUGACUCCCCUCGCUGCAACUCUGCUCAUCUAACCUCCAUAUCAAUUUUCAUUUUGUUGUCGAUUUUGCUCAUCCUUUCCCCACUCUAG